AUGUCCAAAGGCCUCGUCCUCAUCUCGGGAGUGAACGGCUACAUAGCCGCCGUCACUGCAAAGCACCUCCUCGACCAAGGAUACUCUGUCCGAGGCACAGUUCGUAAGCUUGUUUCAGCGGAGCCGCUUCUCAAGAAUGCACUCAAAGACUAUGCCGAAGCUGGGACGUUCUCUGUCAUUGAAGUGCCGGAUAUGACAGUGGACGGCGCGUUCGAUGACGCAGUCAAAGGAGCAACGGCCAUAGCUCAUCUCGCAUCACCCGUAUCCUUUCAUUUCAACGACCCCGAACCGAUCCUCUAUGCCGCCAUCAACGGCACCAAAACCAUCCUGACCUCCGCCCUGGCUCACGCCGGCUCUGGGCUCCAAUCCAUCACUCUCCUCUCUAGCAUUGCGGCCGUUAAAAACGUGCACCUCCCGCCAUACGCGUUCACCGAAGCAGACUGGAAUGACAUCGCUGAAGCAAAAGUAGCCGAGCUCGGGAAAGCCACGCCCGGACCUUUCAUCUACAGCGCUAGCAAAGUAGCUGCCGAGAAAGCGUUUUGGCAGUUUAGAGAUGAGAAGAAGCCCGCUUUCGCCAUGACGGCGAUCAACCCGGUGCUCGUUAUUGGGCCACCGUUAGUGGCGCCAAAGAGUGAGGAGGCAAUCGGUGAGACUAUCCAUGGAAUAUACGAUGUGUUCUCUGGGAAGUCGAUUCCGGCACCGAUGGCAGGGCUCCCGCAGGUGGUGGAUGUGAGGGAUGUGGCAGAUCUUGUUUCGUAUUCAAUCGAGCAUGCUGGGGAGACGAACGGCGAGCGGUAUAUUGCAAGCAGCGCGGUUGGGCAUCCGCAGGCCAUUGCCGAUAUUCUACGAAACGAGUUCCCAGAGGCGAAAAACAGGAUUGUGGAAGGCACGCCAGGGGAGGGAUACAGGAAGGAUUAUACGGUAGACUCAGAGAAAGACCUUACCGUGGAUAGUAGUAAGGCCAAGAAGUUGCUGAGGGGUGGGCUGUGGAUUACGUAUGAGAAAAGCGUUGCCGAUACUGCGAAGGCAUUUGCGGGUUUGGUAUGA